AUGAAGAACGUGGAAAUUUCCGCGAUCGUUUCGGCGAUCCUCGUGGUUGCAGUCAAUGGACGAGUCUUCUAUUUGCCAAGUCUGGACGAGAAUCGAUACACCGACUUAACUUAUCCCGUUCCAAGCGAACAAUCUUCGCGAGAUUUGGAUCUGAGCUUCGCCGCAGGGGACUCGAACGAAUUUGAGAACAAGAUGCGCUCUCUUAAAAAGGUGUACACGCUUGCCGCGCCGGAAAAGCCGUUCGUCGAAGUGAACAAAGAGGAGCUACCGAUCACGCGCUACAAAUUAGUCGAAGCACCUGUUAAGAGAGUUGGAUCGGAUGAUAUCAUCGUGGUCCCGGAGCUAACGCUGAAAAUCGAUGGGAACAACAAGGGUGAAGUGAUCUUGGAGCUCCGCGUUAUCGCUAAUCACGACACCGCUUGA